UUUGAGAUGUCUACAUUUAGAAAAAGAUCAGGAUAAAAUGUUUAAUAAAAGUUCAAUUUUAUUCAAUAACUUAGAACUAUGAUUUUUUUGGUCUCAACAUUUCAGAUUUACAUUAAGCAAAUGCCAGCACUGAAUUAUACAUUCCUUUUCCAACAAACGAAUUGAAUAGGAACAACCGUUAGAUAUUACUGUUGUUUUAAUAGUGUUUGAAGAGAAGUAGACUAAUAAAAAGUCUUACUUAUUUAAGCGUGCAAAUUUGAAAGGAAACAGCAAAUUAAAAGAAUUGCAGGUGAAAGCAUACAAUGAGAUGAAUCCAGGUAAUCCAACCUCUGGAUUAUGGAGAAAAUUUAAGCAAUUUUGGUUAAAUGCUAAAAAUGAAUAUUUGGAAUGGGAAAGACAACAGCUGAAUGAGCCAUCGACCAGUUUGAGAGAAACUCAAGGUAGCUCAACAACGAAACCAGAUGUGCAGUUUCUUCCGCCUCAAAAUCCUUCUUCAAAAAAGAGAAAAAGGCGACAUAUGUCUGAAGAUACCCCGAGGAGGACUUUAGCUAAAGGUCAUACUCCGAAACAGAAACCAUCCAAAAAGAUCAAUGUCAAGUCCGAGUCGGCUUCACCGAGUAAACGUAUUCACCUUGAUCUUAAUAAUGAUUCUUCUUUUGAUGCUCCUUUCUUAACUCCUAUGAAUGACUUGUCACCUUCGCGUUCGCGAUUCCAUCCACCACGACUACCUUUACCAUCUUCAUCGCUAGAUGCCUCAGAAUCCCCUAUUCGACCAACAAUUCCUUCUUUUUCUUCACCAUCUCAAUUUCAUUUCCAUGAUCCUCCAACGCAAACGGAUCCUCCUUUCCCUACUUCAUCUCCGAAACCUUCUUCACAAACGAAUACCGACUCAUUGGUUCUCUUCCAAAGGCUUGAGAGUAUUGAGUCUAUGCUACACAAUCUGCAAGAUAAAUUGAACAACUACGAACGGAAUGCUAGUGCUAGUCCUCUUUUGUUUGGACCGCCAAAUGGAAGAUCUUCCCCUUCGUUACCAAAUUUCCCUAGCCAUUCGACUCCUCUCCCUUCAACGGUCUCUCAGCGGCGUGCCCCGAAUGUUCAAGGAGAUUUACCAAAUUUUUCAUCCGGUAGGAGUGGGAUUUCUGGUUCAGUGGAACAGAAUCAUGAAGUAAAAAAAAAUGGUAAGGAGCUUUAUGAAUUAAGUAGUGAAAGCUCGUCUGAGUCUGAAGAUUCCUUAAUUUUGGAAGAAUUUUCUGAGUCCCGUGCUUUCAAUUCACCAAAAGUCACUCAAGAUAAUAAUUCACAAACACUAGAUACGAAGAAAGGGACAGGAAACAACAGAUCCUAUAAUAAUUCGAAUUCUUCAAGUCUCAGAAAACAUAUUGAACCUUUAAAUCGUAAUUUAUUUGAUACCUCUACUCCGAUUUCCAAUCGAACAGCUCUAUCUACUGAGAAACCUACGGAAAUGAAAAUAGAGACUCCGGAUUUGACAAAUAAUAAAGACACCAUCUUCACCAGUGGUAAUUUCGAAAUGUCUCAGCAUGAAAAAUCUAAGGAGCAACCAGUCGAUUCAAACCAUGUGGACACCAAAGGUGAUUCUACUAACCAUAGUCAAAAUAACAAUGAAGGUAUUCCGGCAACGGGGACAUCUAGCGAAAGACCUGACAUUAACACGACCAUGUUCGAGCAUUUAACACCUAUUCCUAAAACAUCUUGGAAUCGCUAUACUCAGAAAGAAGAAGUAUCAAAUACCAUAAUAGAUCGUCCAGGAAGAAGCGCUUCCAUUAAUAGUCAGUCUCAGUCACCAAGGCAAAUUGAAGAAAGUACACGUAACGAUAUUGAACAUACAAAAGAGGCACUUGCAAGGCUUCGAUCAAAGAUGCAAGAACGUUUGAAAAGACGAAAUACUGAAAGAAACAAUGAAAUACAAGAGUCUCAUCGCGGGCGAUGAGUAAUAGGAAGAUGGGAUCUUCUUAGUGAAUUAAACAAAUGAGGUAUAGGUAAUAAU